GAUUCGUGACGUCAGUCUGGAAUGAGGGAGUGAAUGUUCCGGGAUAAGGAAAACGCUAAAUAAACGCCACUAAACAGGCAUGAAACCGCUUACAAAGAGUGAUAUGGUACACUUAACAGCCUCUCAGUAAAGAUGUCGCGAGAAAGGUGAAAAAGCGGAAGGAAAACUCCGGGGAUCAAAGCAGAAGUGGAGCGCGACGAUUUUAUUCCAUGUUUCAGUCGCGUCGGAGAUCUAUGCGACACUAGUUGCGCUCUUUCACCGUUCCUAGUUUCUCCAGCUCAUCUGUUUGAGUUUGGAUUGCUGUAGCAACUUUUCCAAGCAGUAGGGAUCUAUCUAGGGCUAGGAUCAGCCUCCCGUGAUGUUUAACUGUAUCCCCCUGUGGCGGUGCAGCCGUCACAUCGAGUCGGUCGAUAAGCGCCACUGCUCGCUGCUCUUCGUCCCGGAGGAGAUCUAUCGCUACAGAGCGAGUCUGGAAGAGCUUUUACUGGACGCCAACCAGCUCCGGGAUUUGCCCAAGCAAUUUUUCAAUUUGACUAAGCUGAGGAAACUUGGCCUAAGUGACAAUGAGAUCCAGCGGCUGCCGGGGGAUAUAGCCAACUUCAACCAGCUCGUAGAGCUAGACAUCUCUCGAAAUGACAUAAUGGAACUCCCUGAAAGCAUUUCAUAUUGUAAAACCCUCCAAGUAGCAGAUUUUAGUGGAAAUCCUUUGACAAGAUUGCCAGAUAGUUUUCCAGAUUUACGGAGUUUAACAUGCCUUUCCAUCAAUGACAUUUCUUUACAAGCACUUCCAGACAACAUUGGAAACCUCUUUAACUUGGUAUCACUGGAACUCCGAGAGAACUUGCUGACUUAUUUGCCAGAGUCUCUGUCUCAACUUCAUAAACUUGAAGAACUGGAUGUAGGAAGCAAUGAACUGUAUAAUUUGCCCGAGACAAUAGGCUGUCUUGUCAGUCUGAAAGACCUGUGGCUGGAUGGAAACCAGCUCUCUGAAAUACCUCCGGAGCUGGGCAGUAUGAGAAGCCUUACAUGUCUGGAUGUAUCGGAGAACAAGUUAGAGCGCCUCCCAGAGGAGAUGGGGAACCUCCUCUCCCUCACUGACCUCCUGGUGUCCCAGAACCUCAUAGACGUGUUGCCGGAGGGCUUAGGCAAACUAAGACGGCUUUCAAUAUUGAAAGCAGAUCAAAACCGAUUAGUCCAGCUCCCGGAGAGCAUAGGCAACUGUGAAAGCCUGACAGAACUAGUGCUGACAGAAAACCAGCUGGUGAAUUUGCCAAGAAGUAUGGGAAAACUAAAGAAACUGUCCAACUUCAACUGUGAUAGGAAUAGACUAACAUCUUUACCAAAAGAGAUCGGUGGCUGCUGCAGUCUAAAUGUUCUGUGUGUGAGAGAGAACCGUCUGGCGCGCAUCCCUCCUGAGCUCUCGCAGGCUACAGAGCUGCAUGUGCUCGACGUUUCUGGAAACAGACUGCUGUACCUGCCCUUGACCCUGACCUCUCUACGACUCAAAGCUCUCUGGCUGUCAGAGAACCAGUCUCAACCCCUGCUCACCUUCCAGACGGAUGUGGACCCAGAGUCUGGAGAGAAGGUCCUGACGUGUGUACUGUUGCCUCAGCAGCCCUGUGAAUCAGAAAACAAAGGUUCUGAUAACCUCGCUCGCUGUGGUGCUCUGGAGAGUCUGGUGGAGAGCGGCAUGCUGGAUGACACCUGGGACGACAAAGCCACAAACAGAAUGAGCACCAUCCGUUUCAUGGAGGAGGAUGAUGAUGAGGAUGAUGAAGAGAGAACACUGUUGCGGCGGGCCACCCCACACCCCGGCGAGCUGAAGAACAUGAAGAAGGUGGCUGAGAGCAUCCGAAAGGACAUGAACGCUGCCAAAGGCCUGGAUUCCAACAAAAACGAGGUCAAUAACGCUGUGGACCGAGUGACCACGUCUGUGUGAACGCUUUAACUCCGAGAUGUCUCUUACCCAGUGUGUCUGUCCCUGAAGCCCCCGCAGAGCCAUUCCUCACUGUGUUCUCCCAGGGGCUGACCACCCUUUUGCUC